AUGUCUAAAUCAUUCUUUCCCGAAUAUCCUCCAAACCUUUCUAAUGACAAUUUACAAUCUUUACAAGAAUUAGCUAUAGAUUGGUCACUUUCUCAUGGUUUAGUAAUACGUCCACCAACUAACCUUGCACUUUCUAAUAACUCUUCGGUUAUGCAUGCACCUAUAUCUUUAUUUCCUUCACCUUUUCCAAAAAAAACUUUUUACCAAGCUAUAGAAUUACAACCCGUAUUUAAUCUUUUAUUCCAUAAAUUGUCUCGAAAUCAUGAAUUUAUUACUCAAGUUAUUGAGGAGGUUACUAAAGUCGAUGAUUUUAUUGAUGAACUUUAUAAAAUUUAUCUAAAAAUAAAAGAAGAAGGAAUUGCUCAGCCAAUUUCUCUAGGAUUACAUAGAUCCGAUUAUCUUUUACAUGUUCCACAAGAUGCAUCAGAAGCUAACGUUUUGCAAGUUGAAUUUAAUACCAUUUCUUCCUCUUUCUCUAGCUUAUCAUUUCUAACUGGAGAAUUACACAGAUAUUUAUUGGAAUCCACCAAAUAUUUUAAUUCUUCAGAAUUAUUAAAGAUUGAUUCGUUACCAUUAAAUGAUGCAAUGACAAGCUUACCCAAAGGUAUUGCAAAAGCUCAUGAGCUUUAUGGAUCUCCAAACGCCGUGGUCAUGAUGGUUGUGAUUGGUGAAGAAAGGAAUGCUUUUGAUCAAAGAUGGAUUGAAUAUAAUUUAUUAAACAAUCAUAAAAUACAUAUUAUACGUAAAACACUCGCAGAAAUAGAUCAACAAGGAAAAUUAGAUCCCGAAACUCAUGCUUUAAUAAUAGAUGAUAAAGAAAUUUCAGUUACAUAUUUCCGUUCAGGAUAUGCGCCCGAACUACAUCCUACAAAGAAAGAAUGGGAUGCUAGAUUAUUGAUUGAACGUUCGAAAUCUAUUAAAUGUCCAACAGUUGCAUACCAGCUUGUUGGUACUAAAAAAGUUCAACAGGUUUUGGCCAUGCCUGGAGUUUUAGAAAAGUAUGUGACCAAUGCAACAGAUGCAAAGAAGCUUAGAGCAAGCUUUGCAGGUUUAUAUCCAUUAGAUUCUUCAUCUGAAGGUGAGGCAGCUGUAAAGCUUGCCUUAGAAAAUCCCGAACGGUUUGUGAUGAAACCACAACGAGAAGGCGGAGGGAAUAAUAUAUAUACAAAGGAUAUCCCACCUAAAUUAUUAGAAAUUUCUACAUCAGAAAGAUCAUCGUAUAUUUUAAUGGAUUUAAUACAACCACCUUCGAUGAGAAAUAUUAUUCUAAGGCAAGGUGAAUUAGUUAAAGGUGAAAUGAUCUCUGAAUUAGGAAUUUAUGGCGUAUUUAUUGGAAAUGAUGAUGUUAUUGUUAAUGAGAUUGGAGGUCAUCUAUUGAGAACUAAAGGAAGAGAAACUAAUGAAGGUGGUGUAGCAACUGGGUUUGCUGUUAUUGAUUCACCUCUAUUAGUUUAA